CGCUCCGCUGUAGCGCCUCGAACCAUGACCUUCUCCUAGGUGUCAGCACUAAUUCUCUAAUUUUCCGGAUGUUGUUUGAGCCGAGGUGAAGGUGAAGGUGAAGGUGCGCAAGACGUGUGAAAGUUGAAGAUGAAUGGCCAAAGUGGAGGAAGCAAGCACCAUUCGCCUUCACCUUUACUCUACGUUAUGCCAUAUUUAAGCCCAUUUCCCCUCCGUUGGCCACCAAACACCUCCACCGAUUGCAAUCACAUCCACCAACGCUUCGCACCAAAAUGGACCGCACCGACACCGUCAACACGCCCACCGCGUUUACGAACGCCCACAACGACCUCGCCUAUACGAUCAUGAAUUGUCCCAUGAUUUGCCCAAAGGCCCUCCGCGAUGCGAAGAACGAGCUCAUUCGCCAGUUGUACCAAGAGCCUCCCGUCGCCACCACGUUCUCUAAGAAAAGUCUUCUCGAUGCGAUGGUUUUUCUACACGACAUGCGCCAUAACGAGAUCUUGACGCCGGAAAUCGCAUGGGAGCUCAUUCUGGCCGAAACGUGGGAGAUCUUCGGCCAGACCGUGCAGCUACUUGCACUGGAAGACGGAACAGUUGUGGGCAGAGACGAACUGUACCUCACGAUUAAGACGUUGACCAUGAGCAGGAUUCCUACCACGCUUGGUCAACACGAUGCGCCGCUUUCCAUGAUGAUUUGGUUCAGCAUUUCUUUGUGUAUUCUGUCGCAGAAGGCAGGAGAAGAAGCAAAGAUGGAAAGACUGGUGAGCGGCCUGGCGAUUGGCGAGCAGGAAAAUAUCAAGAUAGACGACCUCGUUGACGCGCUUAUGAGCUGGGUCUAGUACGCAUUUCUCUGCAUGGCGUACAUCCUUUUCUUUUCUUUUGUUGCUGGGAAGCCACAAGCAAGCGAAGGAUAACGAGGAAGAGUUGGUUCCUACAUGUCUCUAGCGUUCCAUCACUUCUCCAUCUCCUCUACCCCCUUUGCGAAGUCUUCACUGUUCAUAGCAAAGCCCCAGGUUUUCGCUGCAUUGAACUCUAUACACUGCUGCGCGUACGCUGGUG